UUGGGUCUUGCUUCGUUGGGUCUUGCUUCAUUGGGUCUUGCUUCAUUGGGUCUUGCUUCAUUAGGUCUUGCUUUGUUGAGUCUUGUUUUGUUGGGUCUUACUUCAUUGGUCUUACUUCGUUGGUAA